CUCUCACAUACGACCAUAGGACGUUGAAAACAAGGCUUCCCGUUCGCUCAGCCCUAUUUAAGCAACGUACCGGCGGAUUAGUAGUUAGGUGGGUGACCACUAGCGAAUACCCGCUGUUGUAUGUUUAUUGUUAUUUUUUGCCUCAGAUCGCAGACUUUUUGAUUCGACACAUGUACCGGCAAACGCGCUGCAGGAUGGCACGCCUGCUACACGUGGACCAUUCCUCCAUUUUUGUAGUCGUGGGUUCAGCCUUGCUGUCUCGUCGCACAAGCGUACCUCGGGUCCGCUACGCGCGUAACCCCAGCCAACGCACACAUGAAGCAAGAAACCGCCGCCACGCAACCGGCCGUGUCUACAUCGGCUAA